AUGAGAGUGUUUGUUGGACUGCUCUGGUCGCUGCUGGUCUGGGCUGAAUGCUGUCGGGCGGACACACCGGCGAACUGCACGUACGAAGACCUGCUGGGCACAUGGCUCUUUCAAGUGUCUGAAGGAGGCCCAGAGCAGAACAUGAGCUGCUCCACUGAGGGUGUUGGAGAAAGCACAGCCACAGUGACCCUGGAAAAGCUGUCUGUCGCCACUGAUGACUUGGGCAACACUGGCUUCUUCACCCUCGUCUACAACCAAGGAUUUGAGGUGGUGCUUGGCGGAUACAAAUGGUUUGGAUUUUUCAAGUAUUCUGAGGAUGGCUCCCAGGUAACCAGUUUCUGUGAUCGGACCCAGCCUGGAUGGGUUCAUGAUGUUUUGGGAAACAACUGGGCCUGUUUUGUGGGAAAGAAAUUGAAAGCAGUGCCACCUCGAAGUGACGUCAAACCCAUGCUCAACAGCAAGCAUAGAGAGAGCUCCUACAAGCACAAUCUAGACUUCAUUGAUGCAAUCAACUCUGUUCAAAGCCUUUGGAAAGCUCAGCCGUAUUCCGAACAUGAAACCUACAGUCUGUUAGAGCUGCACUACAGAGCUGGAGGUCCUGCGUCCAGGAUUCCUGCACGUGUCCGUCCAGCACCUGUGACCAGUGACUUGGCCAAGAUGGCAGCUGCUCUACCCGCACACUGGGACUGGAGGAACGUCAAUGGAGUCAACUUUGUCAGCCCUGUGAGAAACCAAGCAUCGUGUGGAAGUUGCUACUCGUUUGCUUCAAUGGGAAUGCUCGAGGCACGAAUCCGAAUUUUGACGAACAACAGCCUGACCCCCACCCUCAGCCCUCAACAGAUUGUAUCCUGCUCCAAAUACUCCCAAGGUUGUGAUGGUGGAUUUCCAUAUCUGAUUGGGAAGUAUGCACAGGACUUUGGCGUGGUGGAUGAAUCAUGCUUUCCAUAUGUUGCCAAAGACACCCCCUGUGGCCUUUCUCAGAAAUGCGGCCGCACUUACACUGCACAAUACAACUAUGUCGGUGGAUUUUAUGGGGCAUGCAGUGAAGCAGCCAUGAUGUUGGAUCUUGUUAAGAAUGGACCCAUGGCAGUGGCCUUCGAGGUGUAUUCCGACUUCAUGCACUACAAAGAAGGCAUCUACCACCACACUGGUCUCACGGACACAGUCAAUCCUUUUGAGCUGACCAACCAUGCUGUCCUUCUGGUGGGUUAUGGCCGCUGUCACAUGACUGGACAGAAGUACUGGAUUGUCAAGAAUAGCUGGGGCACUGGCUGGGGAGAGGAGGGCUACUUCCGCAUCCGCAGGGGGAGUGACGAGUGUUCCAUUGAGAGCAUUGCUGUAGCAGCCAGUCCCAUCCCAAAACUGUGGUAG